UCUCAGAUGAAAAUGUGUGUUUUAACAUAAUAAUGAUUGCCGUUUAAAAAAACAAAAACAAGUUUUAAUGUCAAGCACAUGUGGCUUGAACGCAGCUGUUUCCGGUGGGAGGCUCUUGCCGUUUGAGCGCCAGAGUGAAUUUAAUGUCCCGCCUGUUUUCCGGGUAACUAACUGACUGUACCGAGUGUUAAUGCACAUUUCUGCAUUGCUAGAUACAAAAUAAAAUGUCUCCAACAGCCAAAAGAGUCUGUCCCAGUCCUCUGGAUGACAGUCUGGAGAAAAGAUUGAAACGCAUCUCAAUUGAAGGCAACAUUGCGGCGGGUAAAUCCACUUUUGUUCGCCUGCUGGAGGAGCAUGAUAGAGAAUGGGAAGUAGUACCGGAACCCAUCGCUAGAUGGUGCAAUGUUCAAACUCAUCACAACGAGCAUGAGGAAUUGACCACCUCUCAGAAGAGCGGAGGAAACGUGCUGCAGAUGAUGUACGAGAAGCCCGAGCGCUGGGCGUACACCUUCCAGAGCUACGCCUGCAUGAGCCGCAUCCGCUCGCAGAUCAAAUCCACCAAUGGGAAACUCCAAGAGGCGGAGAAUCCUGUGCAGUUCUUCGAGAGAUCGGUCUACAGCGACAGGUACAUCUUUGCCUCUAACCUCUAUGAGAGUGAGUGUGUGAAUGAAACCGAGUGGGCGAUCUAUCAGGACUGGCACAGCUGGCUGCAUAAGCAGUUUGGGAAACACAUUGAGCUGGACGGCAUCAUUUACCUACGGGCAAAACCAGAGAGGUGUUUGGAGCGAUUGCAUUUGAGAGGAAGAGAUGAGGAACAGGGAAUCCCACUGGAAUAUCUGGAGAAACUGCACUAUAAACAUGAGUGCUGGUUACAGCACAAGUCUAUGAGUGUGGACUUUGAGUAUCUGAAGGAAGUGCCGGUUCUUACCCUGGAUGUUGAGGACGAUUUUAAAAACAACCAGGUCAAGUGUGCAGAUAUGAUUGAGAAGGUAAAAGAAUUUCUCAACUCCCUGUGAUUAUGAUGAGAUGGCACUUGAUUGCCAGAAUAAUUUAACAUUGUCUAUUUUUUAUAAUUUGAAACUAUGGAAUGGUAGUGUCCAUUUAGCACUUAUCAAUGUUUUUAUGUAAAUGUGUUUUUUUACUUUUAUGCUUUAUGAAUUAAAUAAUAAUGAUCACUUUUAUUUCUAUUACUUUUCUUUUCUAAAGAGCAAAGAAUGCUCUCAUGCUAAUUAAGGCUCCAUUUAU